GGAGAGAGAGAGAGAGAAAGCAAUGGAAGGGGUAGAGGUUAAAGAAGAAGAUGUGGUGGUUGUCGGCUGCAGCGGUGGCUCAUCACUGUCGUCGUCUUCGUCUUCUUCAUCUCGGACGUUGCCACCACAGCCAAUGGAGAGAUUGCACGACUCUGGUCCCCCUCCUUUCCUAACCAAGACCUUCGAAAUGGUGGAGGAUCUCUGUACCGACUCCAUCGUCUCAUGGAGCAGAGCUCGCAACAGCUUCAUCAUUUGGGAUUCCCAUCAGUUCGCCACUACCCUCCUCCCCAAAUACUUCAAGCACAACAAUUUCUCCAGCUUCAUUCGUCAGCUCAACACUUAUGGUUUCAGGAAGGUUGAUCCCGAUCGAUGGGAAUUCGCGAACGAAGGGUUCCUCGGAGGACAGAAGCAUUUAUUGAAGACCAUCAAGAGAAGGAGGCAUGUCACUCAGAGCAUCCAACAAGGAGGACUAGGACCUUGUGUUGAAUUGGGAAAAUAUGGCCCUGAAGCUGAAAUCGACAGAUUAAGAAGGGACUGUAAUCUACUCAUGGUGGAAAUUGUGAAGCUGAAAGAGCAGCAACAAUCCUCCAGAGAUGAACUCGUUAACAUCGAGGAACGACUGCAAGGCACAGAGAGGAAGCAUCAACAGAUGAUGGAUUUCCUUGCUAGAGCUCUAAAGAACCCAGCUUUCGUGCAACAGCUGAUUCAACGAAACGAACAUAGUAGACAACUAAGGAGCGACAGCAUUGGAAAGAAACGGAGAUUGCCUCCCAGCCAGAGCACCGAAAAUUUGCAGGAUGAGACAGCCUUGGCCGCAGCGGCAGAACCCACGGGCAUUCCCGAAUUUGUGAGUUUCGUUGGCCAAGUUCAGGAAGAAGUGCUCACAGUUGAAUCGGAAAUUGAGACGUUGUUCUCUGCAGCCAUCGAUAAUGAGUCGAGCAGCCCAAUCCAGGGCGAGAAGGCUGAUGUGUUCCCAGGUACUAGCGAUCCAGAUUUAGGUACUAGUGCUAGCGAUAUAGCUUGGGAGGACUUACUAAACGACGACAUGCUUGCAGAAGGAGAAGAGGAAGAAGUAGAUGUAGGCAAUAAUCAAACCGAAAUUGAUGUGGAAGUGGAGGAAUUGGUUGCCACACCGCCGGAUUGGGGCGGAAAUGUGCAGGACUUGGUGGAGCAAAUGGGAUUUCUGGGGUCCAACACACCUUGAUGUGAGGUUGCAUUGGAUGGGUUGUAGGUUGCAGGUCUCUGGUCUUGAUGUCUUCAUGUCAACCUCUGCAUGUCUCUGCU